AUGGAUGACGUUUUAGAUGAGGUGGUUUCAUCGGAAGAUUUGCAAAAGUUCGAGAAAGUUUACCACGAACAGUUGCACCAAGGCAGAGUUACGCAUAAAGCACAGUUCGAAUAUGCGUGGUGUCUUGUAAGAAGCAAAUAUGCUGCAGAUAUAAGAAAGGGUAUUUUGCUUUUAAAAGACUUGUUCAAUACACACGCAGAGGGCAAAAGGGACUACCUGUUCUACCUUGCUAUUGGCAAUGCUAGAAUCAAGGAGUAUAAUAAGGCGUUGCAUUAUGUCAAAGCAUUCCUGGAUAUUGAACCAGCUAAUCAGCAAGUUCUAGUGUUAGAGCGUCAAAUUAACAAACGUAUGGAAAAGGAAGGUUUAAUUGGCAUUGCAGUCGCGGGAGGUGCAGUGUUGGCUAUUGGCAGUCUGGUCGGUCUUGGUAUAGCACUUGCUAGCAAGAAAUAG